AUGCACAUCAAGAACCUCACUGAGGCAUUCAGCAUGCUCCGCCAGUAUCGUAUGAAGCUGAAUUCAAGUAAAUGCAUGUUCGGUGAAUCGUCGGGUCGAUUCCUAAGGUACCUAGUCACUCAACGAGGUAUCGAGGCACACCCACGCCAAAUCAAGGCCAUUCUUGAGAUGAAGUCACCUUUAAAGGAUAUACGAAGUCUGACGGGCAAAGCAGUGGCCCUCAACCGAUUCCUCUCGAGAUCUAUCGACAAGUGCAGACCAUUCUUCAAAACUUUGAAGAAGGGACAAAAAGACAAGUGGGACGAGGAGUGCGAAGUAGUUUCCCAGAAUCCGAAGACUCACCUCACUUCAUCUCCCCUGCUCUCAAAGCCAGUUCCCGGUGAAGACUUAUUGGUGUACCGGGCAGUGUCCAACUCGGCCGUCAGCUUAGCUCUCAUCCGAGAAGAACUGGGGGGCCAACAUCCGGUAUUCUACAUGUCAAAAGCUCUCCUCGAUGCAGAGACUCACUAG